GAUUCUGCUCAAAAGGCAUGGCGAUGCAGUAGUAUCCCCAAUCUGCCAAUAUCGAUGCUGCGACCAAGUUGAGAAUUCGGUGUAUAUAUACUGCAGAAAAAUCCCUCUUUCUUUCUUACCUUUCGAAUAACAUUCAUAAGACAGACUUUCUACACAAUUUUGACUGCCAAAUCUGCAAGAUCCGGUUCCGACCUCCCCAAUCCCACACACCUCUUUUGACAGCAACCUCGAUAGAGGGAUUUCAACAUCUACCGCUGCUAUCCGCCAUACAAGCGUUGUUGAAAGUAGCUUUGAACCGAAAAAGCUUUUAGUAAGGGCCGAACCUUUCACCAACCCCGUUCAAUACAUCAAUUGCAGCGGAACAUCAUUUUUUCAACCAGCCAGAGAUUUUAUCUUUCCACGAAAUGCCACCCUUACCUAGUCAGGCUACUUGGAGCCCGGAUGUUAUCGCAACUGUAGUGUAUAGAGUCACCAUGGUCUUGGUGAGUCUCACGUAUAUCUGGAGAAAAUAUAGACAACCGCUCAGAACAGAUGAUUGCAAGUACUGUAAACCACUCUAUAAUGUGCCUUACUGAUUGCUUCACGUGCAGUGCACAAAAUUGUUGAGUUGCUCGCUGUACGAACACCCACAGUCGAAGUCAAGUCCGACGAAACUCCCGAGCCCUCUCUCACCAAUUCGGUCGACUCGAACAAUAUUUUGCAAGCUGUAGAAGCUCUUGGCGCGGUGGCUGCAAUGGGAUUAGGUAUCACGGACUGUGAUGGCACCUCAAAUACUCCCUCAAUCAAUGUCGAGCUCCAACCAGUACACAACGCGUAUUUGGAUCGACGACAAGGGUUCAACAAAUCGAAUAAAGAUGGUUGAGAUCCCAAGAGUUUCGAUAUGUAUAUAGCGCGUGUCGUUACUGGCUUCUCGGAGGACAUGUGGAUAUAGUACUCAAGAGUGAUGCGUGUGUGAUGAGGCGCUGGGUUGUUUUCCAUGGUGAUCACAAAGCUUUAGAUGACCGUCAAUUGUUAAACUUUCUCUUUCUUUGGCGUUCUAAAAUGAUGGGCACCCAACUUUACUUCUGUUAGCUUUUGAUUUUUAUUCUUGGUCAUGUGAAUAUUGCGACA